ACGCGCCAGAAUUUAUUUUAUUUCUAUUUUUGUUUCCGAUAAUAAUAAUAAUAAUAAACCGAUUCAUCCGAAAUCCACUGAAAUGGCAGACAAUGAAGAGGAUGUCGAGCUGCCAGCACCCACCACAGCUGCAUCCGGGCAGAUCAAGCCCAUUGCCCAGGACACUGUGCAUAAAAUCUGCUCCGGCCAGGUGGUGCUUAGCUUGGCGGUGGCAGUCAAGGAGCUGGUGGAGAACUCCAUCGAUGCAGGGGCCACGCUGGUGGAGAUUAAGAUGAAGGACCAGGGCCUGCAAGGCGUCGAGGUCAGUGACAACGGCAGCGGCGUGGUGGAGGCCAACCUGGAGGGAAUGACGGCCAAGUAUCACACAUCAAAAAUAAGGGAAUUCGUGGACCUGCUGGGAGUGGAAACGUUCGGGUUCCGUGGCGAGGCACUCAGCUCCCUCUGCGCCCUGUCCGAAAUGGCAAUUCAGACGCGCCACCAGUCCAGCGAUGUGGGUCUCAAAGUGGAACUCGACCACGAGGGCAAGAUCAAGAAGCGUUCGCCCUGCGCCCGCACUGUGGGCACCACCGUCAGCCUCUCCAACCUAUUCAGUACCCUGCCAGUGCGACGGCGCGACUUUACGCGCAACAUCAAGAAAGAGUUCGCCAAGAUGUGCCAGAUCCUGCAGGCCUACUGCCUGGUGACCAAAGGCGUGCGCAUCAUCUGCAGCAACCAGACGCCGAAGGGCGCCAAGACGGUGGUCCUGCAGACCCACGGUGCCCAGGAUGUGCUGGCCAACGUAUCCGCGGUAUUCGGGGCCCGCCAAGCGGCCGACAUUGUGCCCCUGAAGUGCCCCUUCGAGAAGGGCAAGCUGAGUGAGGCUGGACUGCGGGCCGAGCUGGAGUCCUCCGCGGAUGCAGCCGACACCACUUGCACACAGUUCAGCGCCGAGGAUGUGGAGCGGCUGAACCAGGCCGACUUCCGGCUGGAGGGCUACAUAUCCAGCUGCCGCCAUGGCGCAGGCCGUUCCACCAGGGAUCGCCAGUUCUUCUUCGUCAACGCCAGACCCUGCGAUCCCAAGAAUAUAGCCAAAGUCAUAAACGAGACCUACCAUCGGUACAACGUCCAGCAGCAGCCUUUCGUCUACCUCAACAUUGUCACGGCCCGCUCCGACGUGGACGUCAACCUCACCCCCGACAAGCGGCAGCUGCUGCUCAACAACGAGAGGAUCCUGCUGCUGGCCCUGAAGAAGUCGCUGCUGGAGACCUUUGGGCAGACCCCAUCCACAUUCCAAAUGCAAAAUACAACCAUAGUGAGUAUGUUGCAGCCUCAGGCUCAGCCCGCGGAUGGCAGCAAGGCCAGUGAGGAGGAGACAGAGACAGAGGUUCCCAUCAGUUCCUCUCGGCGUUUUAUGGAUGUGCUCUCACAGUGGCGACGCACUGGAGACACUCAGGGAACUGCUCCCAGUGCUUCGGUCAAGCGUAGGUGCGCUGAAGGCGAGGAGUUGGCCGCUCGCUCUAUGAAAAUGCAAAAGAUACAGGAUUUCCUCAGCCAAGAGUCGCCCAAAGAACAGAGGCCAAAAUGUGGUUUAAUAUCGGAACAGGAGGAGGAGGAGGAUCGUGUCGAUGAGCCAAAAAAGCCUGCCAAGGUGCAGGCCAAUCUGGAUGAGAGUUUCUUGAACCUCAAGGAGCUGGAGACGGAGUCAAAGGCCUACGAUCUGUUGCUGCGGCAGCCAGCCAAGCCAGUCCGCAUUGACUGCAAGAACUUGACUCCAAUGAAAUCCCGUCAGAGCAUUGUAGAGGCCCAGGAAACUGUCAGCGCCGCGGAUCGGAGCGAUGAUGACGAUCACAUCGAGCUGCCAGCACGCAUUGAGUUCGAUGGCGAUGAUGGCGAGGAGCAGUCGUUGGCCAACUACAAAAGCGGGGAGCUGCGGACCUCAAUCGAGGAGAUUGCAGCUAGGCUAAGGCAACAGGAGCAGCAGCAGAAGGAGCGCAGGACGAAAGCUAAGCUGCAGCGGCUGCGCUUCAAGAGCGAAAUCAACCCAAAUCAGAACAAUAAGGCGGAGGACGAGCUGCAAAGGGAGAUUGCCAAGGAGGACUUUGCCCGCAUGGACAUCGUUGGACAGUUUAAUCUGGGCUUCAUCAUUGUCAAGCUGCAGGACGAUCUGUUCAUUGUUGACCAGCACGCCUCGGACGAGAAGUACAACUUCGAGUCGCUCCAACGCAGCACACAGCUGGAGUAUCAGCGUCUGACUGUGCCCCAGUCCUUGGAUCUGACCGCCGUCAACGAGAUGGUGCUCAUCGAUCAUCUGCCAGUGUUCGAGAAGAAUGGCUUUAAAUUUGAGAUCAAUCCGGAGGCUCCCGCCACGCGGAAGGUGCGACUGCUAGGCAAACCCUUUAGCCGACAAUGGGAAUUCGGCAAGGAGGACAUCGAUGAGCUCAUCUUCAUGCUGCAAGACGCCCCCGAGGGCACCAUCUGCCGACCCUCGCGAGUGCGCUCGAUGUUUGCCUCUCGCGCAUGCCGCAAAUCCGUAAUGAUUGGCACUGCUCUGAACAGGACGACCACCAUGAGGCGGCUCAUCACCCAAAUGGGUCAAAUCGAACAGCCCUGGAACUGCCCGCACGGUCGCCCCACCAUGCGUCAUCUAAUCAAUAUCACGAUGCUAAUGGAUGAGGAUGAUGAUGAUGCUGAUGCUGAUGCGAAGGAAGCUACGGCACACCAGAAGCCCCAAUAAAAAGCAAUCUAGGCAAUCACAGA